AUGAUACCUAAAUGGCUAAAUUGAUAGGAUUCCUUCUCCCCUCUCAAUCAAACUCUCCUCUCAUAAAAUCUUGUUGCAUAGUCUUCUCAUGAAGAAAGGGAGAUGAAGAUUUUGAUCUGAAACGCACAAAUAUCUGUGCAUGACAUCAAGUUUUGUUGUAUCUUCAAGAGGAACUUGCUAUAAACAAACAUGGAAUCCCCCAACUCCAAGAGGCACAAAUCCAGUGAGGAUCAGGACAUGAUAAGUAACCUCCCUGACUUCAUUAGUGGUCGCAUUCUUUCUCUUCUUCCUACAAAAGAUGCAGUCCGUACAAGUGUUUUAUCCAAGAGUUGGACAUACAAAUGGACAUUCAUCACCAAUCUGCACUUUGAAGAUCAUACAGGGCCCUAUUAUUGCACAAAAAUAAGGAAAGAUUUAUUUGUGAGCUUUGUGAACAGGGUACUACUUCGUCUGAAUAGUUCAAGCAUCCAAAGUUUUUCACUUGCUAUAUCAGACGAGUAUGAACCUCUCCAUGUGGAUCAGUGGAUAUCUGCUGUUGUAAGCCGGAAACUCAAAAAGCUUUGUGUCAACUCAAAGUUUCAACUACAAACCCUUUCCUCUCAUUCCCUUAUGAAAUACAAGUCCUUAGAGGAACUGGUGCUAAAUGUGCUUCAGUGUGAGAUUGAUGUUCCCACCUUUGCUCUUUUUUCAUCCCUUACAGUCCUGAAUUUGUCUGGAGUCCAGUUUAGUGUUAUCACUUCUAACAAAUCUGGAAAUGUUCACCUUAAUUUCCCAGUUCUGAGAACCUAUACGACAAGUAAUUGUACAUGGUCAUCAAACGUAAAGUGUGUAACCUUACAAGCACCUCUGCUUCAAAUGGUUUCUAUACAUGACUAUAGCUAUCCAACUAAUAUUCCAUAUCCUACCAUAAAGUGUUGUGCUCCGCGUCUUACAGAAUUGUCUUAUGAUGGUUAUCCAUUCCCAGACCUCAUUAUGUUUGAUCUAUCUGCAGCAUAUAAUAUUGCUUCUGCUGAUAUUUGUAUUGGUUUUUACAAGAAAGAAAGUUUGCAAAAAAUUAUGGCUCUUUCUAUCAAGAUUCUGAAGCAAUUUCCAAAUGUGAAACGUUUGAGGUUCCAAAAGUGGUUGAGUCCGGUGUUGCUAGCAAAAGGUUCAUUGACAGAUCUUCCUUCAUUCGAAAAGUUAAGUUUUCUGCAGCUAGGAGGAGAUGUUACUUGUGAAAUUCUUAUGGCUUUGCUUCUAAAAACACCAUAUUUAAAGACUCUUAUUUUUCAGGAUCUACUCCAGUCUGACCAAGAACUGUUGAAUUAUGACCCUGUGCCUGGUUGUUUUUUAAAUACUCUUCAAGUUGUAGAGUUUAGGUGGUUUGAUGGUUCUGAGCAUCAGUUAAAUUUUGCAAAGUUUGCAAUGGAAAAUGCUGUUGCCUUGAAGAGGAUGACUCUCUUCUCCAACUGGAAGCUACAUGGCUCAAAAUUGGAAGAAGUAAAAGAGAUGUUGUCCUCAUUUAAGAAGAAAUGUAGUAGUUUUAUGAGUUUGGAAUUUUCUUCAGCGCCAUGACUAGAACUCGUGUUGGAGAAGUUUUGAGCAUGCCCUACAACAGAGGGCAGUUACCAAGAGUGGAGUUCGCGUGUCCCAAAGGGAAGAGCUCUGGAGCUCCCUCUCCCUUAAGAAAUGUUGUAGUUGUAUGAUUUUGGAAUUUUUGAACUUAAGUUAAUUGAGGUUUACAAGGACUGCAGGAUGAAUACAACUUUAUUAACAUUUGUUUUAUGCCGCCAGUAUUGUCACUAUUUUCUCCAAUCAUGUGUCCCACAAGU